AUGGCGGCUGGCGUAUGGCCGGGGUUUCGUGACCUGGUCCCCUUGUUCUUGGGCGCGCGUCGAAUCGCGGCAUCGCAUGGCGUUCGGGGCCGUUGCGACUUCCCUCUGAUCUGGCUUGCCAGAGCUUGGGGUCGUUCGUCUUGGCCCCGUCCGUUGGUGUCGCGAUUGCUGGCGCGCGGUCGGGGUGGGGGUUGCCCUGCGUCGCGUGCCCUGGGCGUGCGUUAUGCGGUAGCGUUUGGGAGCGGGGCUGUUGCGGCCUCCCCACCGGCCCGGUCCGCCGGGCCCUGGGGUUGUUCGUCUCAGCCUUGUCUGCCUAAUGCGGUGGCGGCUGGCGUAUGGCCGGGGUUUCGUGACCUGGUCCCCUGUUUCUUGGGCGCGCGUCGAACCGCGGCAUCAUAUGGCGUUCGGAGCCGUUGCGUCUUCCCUCUGAUCUGGCUUGCCAGAGCUUGGGGUCGCUCGUCUCGGCCCCGUCCGUUGGUGUCGGGGUUGCUGGCGCGCGGUCGGGAUGGGGGCUGCCAUGUGUUGCGUGCCCUGGGCGUUCGUUAUGCGGUGGCGUUGGUAAAGGUGUUCGCGGCCGUGGCGGCUCCCCCUUGUCUGGUUCUCCGGACCUGGGGCUGGUCGGCUCGGCCGGAUUGGGGUGUUGGAAUGGAGGACAAGACCCGACCAAAACUGUCCUGGCCAAACCCCGGAUUCCACACCCCGACGCUGGGGAAGAGAGGUGCCCAGCAAGCCCCCUUAAGUCUGCAGAUGGUGAAGAGGCCAAGAUGGGAGCCACUGAGGCGGCUUUCCACCCCGCCGCCGCAGCUGCCUAGAGGUGCCAUCAAUGAGGGCCUAAAGCGGGCGCUUUUCCCAAAGACCAAACCGCUGGAGAAUAUACUCUUCAUGUCCUACAUGAAAAGGAUGGUGGGCUUACCUGAGCUCACCAAGGGCAGGCUACCUUCACACGUAUGGGUCGGGCUUAGAGCACCCUGGAAAGCCCCAUCUCCCUGUCCCUUGUGUGUAGCCAACCUGUCUUCCCUGGGACUGGCCGGAGCCCACUUCAAAAAGGACACACGGCGCCAGGAGGAUCCUCCUGUUGUGUGCUAA